AUGGCCGCGGCGGAAUCGGCCGGCCUGCGGCGCGGGGCGGGGGCGCGGGCCCGGAGGAAGGCGAAGGAGGCGGCGGUGGGCGCCGCCGCUAGGGCGCUCUUCUACCCGACGCUGCUCUACAACGUGGUGAGGAGCAAGGUCCAGGCCGAGUUCCGGUGGUGGGACGAGGUCGAUCAGCUCAUUUUGCUUGGAGCUGUUCCAUUCCGUAGGGAUGUUUCACACUUGCAGAAGCUUGGAGUACAUGGCGUUGUAACCCUGAAUGAACCAUUUGAGACUUUAGUACCAUCAUCAGUAUAUAAGUCGCGUGGAAUUGAUCACCUUCUUAUUCCUACAAGAGAUUAUAUGUUUGCUCCAUCACUUGUGGAUAUUAGUCAAGCUGUUGAUUUCAUUCAUAGAAACGCAUCUCGUGGGAAGAUGACAUAUAUUCACUGCAAAGCUGGAAGGGGACGGAGUACAACGAUUGUCUUGUGCUAUCUGGUGAAGUACAAGAAUAUGACACCUACCACAGCAUUUGAGCAUGUGAGAUCUAAAAGGGCUAGAGUGCUGCUGACCCGUUCCCAGAGGAAGGUGGUUCAAGAAUUCAGUACGAAGGUCGCUGGAACAGCAGCAGCAACAUCAUCAUCUCCAUCAGGGGACGCGGUACCGCAAACUGAAGAUGGCUCUGGUUUGCCAGGCGUAAUCAGGGAGGAUGCCAGCUCGCCUUCUCACAAGGCCACCCCAUCAGGGCCAAUGAUGAAGAAGAUGCUGGCAUGCCUGCUUCCUUCCCCGAUGCGAUCUGGCGGCGACUCGCCGUCGCAUGCCGACCUGAGGGCACCCUAG